AGCAUCCUCAGGGGCCGUCGAAGUUAGCGGGAAACCGGUCGCUGUCGGGAUAAACCGAAGAUAAAAUUGGGCACGUGCUUAUCCUCUCUUUUUUAUUGAAGUUGUGGGUCGUCAGUCUAGUUUUACGUUAUCUUUGUUCAAAACUGAACAGUGACAAAUCUUAAAACCGACGUCCAUGCAGGAUCGUGUCCCUGGCCCCUAUGCUAGCAUCUGACGUUACAUUAGUUAGCUGGAUUGUCACGUUAGCUAACAGGAACAUUGUGCUUCAUGCGACUGCACAAUAAAGAAAAAUACGGCUGGCUAAGGCAGACAGUGGACUGUCGUUGUUAGUGACAAAGUAAACUAGCUGAAAUGAGUCUGUAUAAUUUAGACCGUUUUCGUUUCGAGAAGAAAACGGCGAACAAAGACUUGGGUUGUGGGUCCAAAAGUCCUGAGUCUGAAAAGGAGAACAAGCCAGCCAAAAUGAAACCCAUCAAGGCCCCAUCAAAGUCCCAUGAACGGGGAGUGGUUUUUGAGGAGGAUGAAGUCGUGUCUGAACCAAACACCAAAAUAUCAUUAACUAAGAGCCCUCUACGAAAGUCAUCCGAAGAUGUGGCGUCAGCUUAUAGAGACAAUGAGGAAAAUGAACUUGACGACAAAGUAAACAGACUACUGGAGAUGUUUCCUCAGUUGACAAGGACUCAGCUACUGGAGGUCAUUGGGAGUACAAGUACACUGGAAGGGGCUGUAGCUGUCUGUGUUGUACAGUUUGGGGAUAAAGAAGCUCCAAGUAAAGGCAGAAAGAGAAAGCAGGAUGGAUCCAGCUGUUCUCAAGAUAGCAGUGACAUUCAGCCGACCAAAAAAAGAAGACCAUCAGUGGUAUCUGAUGAAGAAGAAAAUGAGAAGGAGCCUAAUUGGGAGAAGCAAGAAGCCAUGGUCAGAAAACUACAAAAAAGGUUUCCUGACCAGGACAAGGAGGAGCUGCGAUCGGUGCUACAGGAACAUGAUUGGAACGUCGGAGAAGCUUUGCAGGUUCUACAGAUGUUCUCAGACACAGAUAAUACAAGUUUCAGCUCAACUGAGUCAGAAAAAAGUAAAUCAAAGAGUAAAGAUAAAUCAACCCAGGACCACAAAGAUCUAAAGCACCACAAAAAUCAUAAAGAUGGUGAAAAUAGGAGCGAUCGUAAGGAUGCUGAAGACCACCUAAAUUUGAGUGGAUCUGCAGAGAACAGUUCAGACGAUACAGAUGCCACGAAGGACAGUGAAGACGAGUCAGAAUCUGAGAAAAGAAAAAGUUUGAAAGUGAAAAGUGGUAAUUCCACUCUUUCUUCAUGGAUUACAAAAACCUCUGUUCCUGUGUCUUCACCCUCCAUUAAACAGACAUCUUCGCUCAAGUCAACAUCUUCAUCUUCAGUUUCUCAGACGUUAUCCAGAUUCACCAGUGAGACUAGUUUAGCUAAGAAGCAGGCAGCAGAGAGAAAGAUGAAGGCACGUGCCUCAGAUGUAGUCGUCAUUUCUGGCAGUGAAACUGAUGACGAAGAAGACGCGUUAACAAGCGACUUUGAUAAUUCAGAUGAUGAUUUAGACAACGAAGAUGGCAUGACAGAUACAAAGAAGGAGAUACUAGAUUUCUUCCAGAAUGCUUCUAUAGAUGAACUGUCGCUGAUUUCUGGGUGUUCUGUUAAGAAGGCUCAGAAGAUUGUGGAACUGAGACCCUUUGGUACCUGGUCAAGCCUGUGGGACGUCUUCCAUAAGGGAAAUGGACUUUCAGAUGACUUGGUGAUUGGCUGCAGAGCUGUUCUCAAAGAGCGACAGGUUGUUCUAGGGUUGAUGUCCAAAUGUGAGAAAAUUUCUUUAAAAAUGGUCAAGCAGGUCACAGAUGUGAUGGAGAAUGGAACAGGUUCCACGAAACCACCCAGUAUACUCAACAACCAAUUCAAGCUCAAACCCUAUCAGCUGAUUGGUUUAAAGUGGCUGCUGCUUCUGCAUGAACACAAACUCAGUGGCAUCCUUGCUGAUGAAAUGGGUUUGGGAAAAACUAUCCAGGCAAUAGCAUUUCUGGCCCAGCUAUUCGAGAAUGGAAUAGAUGCUCCUCACCUCAUCGUUGUGCCUUCCUCUACACUUGAUAAUUGGGUUAGAGAGCUGAAACUGUGGUGUCCAAGCCUAAAUGUUCUAAUCUAUUAUGGAUCUGUGGAAGAACGCUGCUACCUCAGACAUGACAUCCUCAAUAAAGCUGUUGAUUUCAACGUGAUUGUGACCACGUAUAACUUGGCCAUAGGCAACGAUAGCGACCGCAGUCUUUUUCGGAAACUACAUCUGAAGUACGCUGUGUUUGACGAAGGCCACAUGUUGAAGAACAUGAAUUCUCUGCGCUACCGCCACCUCAUGUCCAUUAAUGCAGAGCAUCGUCUGUUGCUGACUGGAACUCCUUUACAGAACAAUCUCCUAGAGUUGAUGUCUCUCCUGAACUUCAUCAUGCCUUCAAUGUUUUCCAGCUCCACAACACAGCUCUCCAAAAUGUUUUCUAUGAAAUCCCACGAGGAACAAAGCCGUUUUGAGAGGGAUCGCAUUUCUCAGGCCAAACUCAUCAUGAAGCCUUUUAUCCUGCGAAGAAUAAAGAGUGAGGUUCUCAAGCAGUUACCAGCAAAAGAAGAGGAGAUUGAGUUCUGCUCCAUGAGUGAGAAACAACAGGCUCUCUACCAAACCCUCUUUAAAAAAACCAAGACUUCCACAAAUGGAGAAAAGCGUGAGUUGUGUAAUGUGAUGAUGCAGCUGAGGAAGAUGGCAAACCAUCCUCUGCUUCAUCGACAGUACUAUACCACAGAGAAGCUCAAAGCCAUGAGCAAACUCAUGCUCAAGGAGCCUACACACUUUGACGCCGAUCCUGUUCUGAUUCAGGAGGACAUGGAAGUUAUGUCAGACUUUGAGCUGCAUCGUCUGUGUCAGCAGUAUUUUUCCAUAAGCUCUUAUCAGCUUGAUAAGGAACUUCUGCUUGACUCUGGGAAGUUCCACCACCUUACAAAGCUGCUGGCAUCACUAAAAAAUAACGGAGAUCGAGUAGUGUUGUUCAGUCAGUUCACCAUGAUGCUUGACAUUGUGGAAGUGCUGCUGAAACAUAUAAACCAUCGGUAUGUCAGGCUGGACGGAUCCACACCCAUAGCUGACAGGAUUGUGUUGAUUGACGAGUUCAACACGGAUCCUGACAUAUUUGUGUUCCUGUUAUCGACUCGUGCUGGUGGGCUCGGCAUCAACCUCACCUCAGCAAAUGUUGUCAUCCUUCAUGACAUUGACUGCAAUCCCUACAACGACAAGCAGGCAGAGGACAGAUGUCACCGUGUUGGCCAGACAAGGACAGUAAAAGUGAUUAGGCUGAUCAGUAAGGACAGCAUUGAGGACUGCAUCCUGCAACUAGGCAACAAGAAGCUGAAGCUGGAGCAGGACAUGACUACUGCUGAACAAGGCGGUGAGGGGACCAUACCUGAAGACAUGGCAUCUUUACUCAAAGCCUCACUGGGACUGUGAUUCAUCAGACUUGAAGUUUUAAUGGCACUCUAUUACUAUUCUGGGCAGACUUGAUUGUUUUUACUGAACAUAUGUCAUCUACCUGGAUGACUGCUGCACGCCAUAUACUGCCAUGAGAACAAAAAAAAAAAGAAAAAAACUGUAGCAUCUCAACUGUGCCUAAAACCAUUUUUACAUGCUCA